AUGAUGGAGCCCCAGCAAGUGCAGCAACAGCAACAGCAACAGCAACAGCAACAGCAGCAGCAGCCGCAGCAACAACAGCAGCAGCAACAACAACAGCAACAGCAGCAGCAGCAGCAGGUUCUUUUCAACCUUUUGGGGCCCCCUCUUGGGGGCCCCCCCUCAUUGCAUGCGGCUCAGGGCCCUCUGGGGGCCCCUCUGGGGGCCCCUCUAAAGGCCCAUCUGGGGGCCCCUGUGGAGGCCCCUAAGGGGGCCCCUCCGGGGGCCCCUCUGGGGCCCCCACAAUCUGCUGAUGCUGUAGCAGAGCAGCAAGGGACCUCCCUUUGGCUGCAGCAGCAAUUUAAAAAUUAUCUCAGAGGCUACGACCUCUGUCUCCUCCUCCCUCGCGGCUCUGUAGAAGCACAAACCCUAUCCACUACCCUUACAAUCGGGGGGCCCCCAAGGGGCCCCCAGGGGGGCCCUCUGGGGGGCCCCCAGGCAGAAGAGGGGGGCCCCCAGGGUGAUGAAGAGCCCCUAUGGGUGGGUCGGGUCCCCGCAGAAAGCCCAGAGGCUUCAGUGCUGCUGCAGCUGCUGCUGACGUCGCAGCAGCUGCAGCAGCAAUACCCCGCCAGGCCUCCGGUGGUUUUCUUGCAGCCGAGAGACCCCCGCACUGCAGCAGCAGCAGCAACAGCAGCAGCAGCAAAAGCAGCAAAGAAAGGGGCAGAAGGAGCAGGAACAGCAGCAGGAGCAGGAGCACCGGGAUCUGCAGCAGCAGCAGCAGCAGCAGGCAUGCUGGGGCUGAAUCUUGUGGGGGGCUUCGGGGGACCUCAGCAGAGACAAGGGGCCCAGCGCCACCUUCAGCAGCAGAAGAAGCAGCAGCAGCAGCAGCAGCAGCAGAAGCAGCAGCAGCAGCGGAAGCAGCAGCGGCAGAAGCAGGAGCAGCAGCAACGGCAGCACGAGCGAAAGGGGCAACAGAAUCAGCAGCAGCAAUGGGAGGUGCAGCAACAGCAGCAUCACCAGCAACAUUACCAGCAGCAGCACUACCAGCAGCAGCAGCAGCAGCAGCAGCAGCAGCAGCAGCAGCAGCAGGAGCAGCAGCUUGUGAGGGAGAGCGUUGCAGCGGAGGUAUGGGUCGGCCUUUAG